AUGGCCACUUUUGUUCCUUCUUCUUCUUCCAUUUUCCGACCAAAGUUGGUUCGGUGCACCAACGAGCGCCGGGCGCUGUUUAGCCGCAUUGCUCCUGUCUAUGAUAACCUGAAUGACUUGCUGAGCCUCGGGCAACACCGUAUUUGGAAGCGGAUGGCGGUGUCGUGGACUGGAGCGAAAUCGGGAGACCGUGUGUUGGAUGUGUGCUGCGGAAGUGGGGAUUUGUCCUUUCUCUUGUCCGACAAAGUAGGCUGUGAUGGCAAGGUGAUUGGUCUUGAUUUCUCGAAGGAUCAACUAUCGGUAGCUUCAUCCCGGCAGCAGUUGCUUUCAAAGAAGUCCUUCACGAAUAUUGAGUGGGUUGAAGGUGAUGCUCUUGACUUGCCAUUUUUGGAUGGUUGGUUUGAUGCUAUCACUAUGGGCUAUGGUCUUCGAAAUGUGGUUGAUAAGUAUAAGGCCAUGCAAGAAAUUUUCCGUGUCCUAAAAGCUGGCUCUACAGUGUCUAUCCUGGACUUUAAUAAAAGCAACGAGUCACUAACUUCUGCAAUUACGGAAUGGAUGAUUGACAAUGUUGUUGUCCCUGUUGCCUCUGAUUAUGGUCUUUCAGAGGAGUACAGAUACCUCAAAAGUUCAAUAAGAGAAUUUUUAACAGGGAAGGAAUUGGAGAAACUUGCCAUGGAAGUAGGGUUUUCUGCUGCCCGACAUUAUGAGAUUGGAGGAGGCCUCAUGGGGUGUUUGGUAGCGAAGCGUUAG